ACCAUUAAAAGCCAAGCUAAAACGUCUGUCUAGCCAGAAACUCAUCAGCACAAACAAAGAUCUGAGAGAAUGGAUGAAGAACUCAAAAGCUUAAUCAAAGUAUGGAUCUCCGCAAUAAUCUCCAUAUCGUAUUGUUACUACAUACCACCUAGAAUCAAAUCUGGUGUUCCACGGUUAUGCUCUCUUUGUCCUGUCCUUGCUUUGUUUCUUGUUCUUCCUCUGUGUUUCUCUUCUGUGCAUCUAUCUUUAAUAACAGCCUUUUUUCUCACAUGGCUCGCCAACUUCAAACUCAUCCUCUUCUCCUUUGACAAAGGUCCUCUAAUCCCACUUCCUCCAAGUCUCUCCCGUUUCAUCUGCUUUACUUGCUUUCCAAUCAAAGCUCAGCAAAACCCAAAAUCUCAAAACCACAUGCCCAAACUUGUGUUUGCUAUUAAAGUUGCCAUAUUUGGUGUGUUAUUACAUUUGUAUGGCUACAGAAAGAAUCUGUCUCCUGCUCUGCUACUGGCUCUCUAUUUUGUGCACCUCUACUUAGAAAUUGAGAUUAUUUUAUCAUUCAUCAAAAAUGUUGUUUGUAUCUUUCUUGGCUGUGACCUCGAACCACAGUCCAAUAAACCAUACUUAGCCACAUCUCUACAAGAUUUCUGGGGUCGUCGGUGGAACCUCAUGGUUCCAGCGAUUCUCAGACCCGCCGUUUACGCCCCAAUGCGGCGAGUGUCUGAACGCAGAAUGAGCUCAGGUUGGGCUUUGUUUCCGGGGAUUUUAGCGGCGUUCAUCGUCUCAGGAUUGGUUCAUGAGCUGCUCUUCUUCUAUUUAACACGUGAGAUGCCAACAUGGGAAGUUACAAUGUUCUUCGUGUUACAUGGCGUUUGCACUGCGGUGGAGUUGGCCGUGAAGAAGAAGACGACGGUGAUACAGCGGUGGCAGCUGAGUCCGGUUGUGUCGAGGCUGCUCACUGUCGGGUUCGUGAUUGUGACGGGUGGGUGGUUAUUUACACCUCAGCUUAUAAGAGCAUCAUUAUCCUAUAGACUCUUAAAGAUUCGAAUGAAACAAAGGCUCAAAGCUAUUGAAGAAGAUGUGUGGACUGCUGUUGAGUCAGGAUGGACGGAGCCAUGUGUCAAAACGAAGGAUGGGGAGUAUGCUCCAAAACCAAAGGAGCAGUGGACGGAAACUGAUAAGUUAGAAUCUAAGUUCAACUCCAAAGCCAUUUAUGAAAUCUUCAACGCAAUCAAUGCAGAACAGUUCAAACUUGUUCAAGGAUGCUCAUCAGCAAAGGACGCAUGGGAAACAAGAAUUGAUCAUCUAGUUGCUAUUAUGAGGGGACUUCAACUGUCAAAAGAAGAAGACUUGAUCAUCUAG